AUGCCGCGCCGUAUGCCCGCCAUUGAAACGACGACGCCCCUUGAGAACGACAUACUAUACCGAACAACCAUCCGUGACUCCGUGUCCAUCGCCGCAGCGGACGUACAACCUGGAGUCAAGGAAACGCUCGCUCUCCCCUGGCAAGCUAUCACCUCGAUGACGAUGGGAGCGAAAAUGCCAUCUUCGCAUCAAAGAUUCUUUAGCAUGCGGAAUCCGUUCUCGAGAUGCAUUCUCUUCGCGGUCGCGCUGUUGAUGCUUCUGGCAGUAACUUGGAAGUCCGACCGAAUAGAGGAUGUUGGCACCCAGAUCAUCAAAGCCGCCGCGACACAUCACAAAGGGAGCACGUUGCAGGAGCCGUUGGGGGAUACCCCCCAGGCUGGCGAGAAGGAUAUCGUACCAGUUUCGAGCCACAAGAUGGACUGCAGCGUCAACACGACCUACAUGCAAGAGCUGCAGGCGGCGUAUGAGCUUCAAGACGGAUUCCAGUACCUCAAACGCUAUGUCAAGAUCAACCGAAUGCCCAUUGCUCGGAAGUCGAUCACCAAGCUGUCUCAGGAAUUCCUCCCCAAUACUUUCAAAUCUGUCGACCUACAAACCCCCAGCAGCUAUGGGUCCGAGAAAUGCACCGAAGCGCUUCAGGUCCCUGUGCCCGAAUCACCUUAUCCUGCCACCGGUAACUUGUCCGACUUCAUGUUUGGUGUCUCGACCACCUUCAAAAGAUUCAGCGGCGACAAGACAACUCCUGUCGAUGAGUGGACAUACUGGAUGACUGAUGGCAAGGGAAACUCGAAUGGAGCCAAGCUGAUCCUCCUGCUCCUGGAUGCGACCGAGGAGCAGAUCGUUCAUGCCAAGACAGUCUUGCACCAUAACGGGAUUGACGCGGACGUGUACCACUCGGAUUCCUCCAUGGAGAUGGCUGUCCGUUACCUCACGCUAAUCCCCACGUUGUACAACCACCCCGAACGCCGGAAUAAGAAGUGGUUAGUCUCGUGUGACGACGAUACAUUCUUCCCGAAUGUGCAUGCGUUGACCAAGAAGAUGGACACCUACGACUCGAACGAGAUGCUCUACAUUGGCGUCUUGUCGGAAGACGUUAACAACGCCGACCGCCACGGAUCGCAGGCCUUUGGUGGUGCCGGCGUGUUCCUCUCAGUGCCCAUGGCCGAACAGAUUACCAACGACUACGAGAGCUGCAAGACGGACGAGAAGAUCCACGAGUCCAACUCGGGAUGGGGUCCACAGGGAGACAUCCUCCUCCGCAAGUGCAUCUACGAAAACACGGAUGUUCGAUUGUCGAUUUUGAGAGGUCUUUACCAGCUGGACCUAUACGGCGACCCUUCGGGCUUCUACGAGUCGGGUAUCAAGCCCAUCUCCCUGCACCACUUCAAGGGUGGCGGGUGGCACAACGCCCUUCCCUGGGAAUACACCAAGAUCGCCCACAUCUGUGGUGAGGACUGCACGAUGCAGCGAUUCCAGACUGCAGACGGAUUUAUCAUCUCAGCAGGUUUCAGUGUGGCGCAUUAUCCCCAGGGCAUCAACUUCAAUCUUGACCAGAUGGAGCGAACUUUCGCUGCCGCGCCGCAGGACAAGGGCUGGAACCUGGACUACGUCUUCGACCCCCAACGACCGAGUCUGCUCAAGACCGGACGUAAGAUCAGCUGGGACCUUCAACAAGCGACGGUGAACGAGGACAACAGUCUUAGCCAGAUCUACGUGCGCAAGGCCAAUGACUGGAGAUGGGUAGACCGGGACGAUCAGCCCAUGUCUCAGGUCGACGGUAUCAUCGAGCUCGUCUGGCUUCCAUGA